AUGCAAACCCCAGUGAGGUUUUCGAGCUGCAGAGGCGUGGCUUUCGAGAUCAAACCUCAUGCAAACCCAUUUGCUAUUCCAACUCCAGCUCAAAAUGAGCCUUGUAGCAGCAGCAAAAAAUCUUGGUUUCCUUGGUACCUAGGGAGCUCAUCCGGGGUGUUUCCUAAUUCUUCCAUACAAAGGUCUGUGAGUGGAGCAAGCAGUCACUUCUGUGACCUUGACCUCGACGAAGAUGAAAAUGAAAAUGAAGAUGAUGUCAUAUUGGAAAGACUAGAAGAGGGAAAGGAUGAGGAGAAAGGAGAUAAGCCAAUUUUUCCAUCCUUAAGCAAAAGUGAACAAAAACCAAAGCCAACUCGCAAGCAGGAAUCAAGAUUAUCAGUCAUUUUGCUUGACCAAGGGCUGUUCACUGUAUACAAAAGACUCUUUGUGGUCUGCUUAACCCUGAACAUCAUUGGUUUGGGGCUUGCUGCCACUGGACACUUUCCAUAUGCAAGAAAUAGAGCUGCCCUUUUCUCCAUUGCCAACAUUCUUGCUUUGACACUCUGCAGAAGCGAGGCAUUCCUGCGAGUAGUCUUUUGGCUUGCAGUUAAAGUGCUGGGAAGGUCUUGGGUACCUUUCCCAAUCAAGACUGCUACCACAUACCUCCUCCAAAGUCUUGGUGGGAUGCACAGUAGCUGUGGAAUUUCUUCUGUUGCAUGGCUCAUAUAUGCCUUAGUUCUUACUCUCAAUGACAGAGAAAAUACUUCUCCUGAGAUCAUUGGUGUAGCCUCCACUAGUCUUUCCCUUCUCUGCCUCUCAUGCUUGGCCGCAUUUCCUCUAGUACGCCAUCUCCAUCACAACGUCUUUGAAAGGAUUCAUAGAUUUGCUGGAUGGACUGCUCUUGGUCUGCUUUGGGCUUUUAUCAUCCUUACAAUCUUCUAUGACCCAAUAACCAAAUCCUACUUUUAUUUUUUUAACAAAGAGAUACUGUUCUGGGUUCUAAAGCCGAUUGGGGAAUCCUUUGAUUUGUUGUCGUUAUAUUUGAGGUCUUGGUUUUUUUUUGUUGCUGCUAUCAUGAAUGGUUCUACUAGGACAUUGAUGCUUAUCAUCAGUUGUGUGCUUCUUGUUGUAGGCGUUGGAUUGCUAAUUUUGAUAUUCCUCUCACCUUUUUAUUAUCAUCCUGUCUACACUCUACUUUUCAGAAGACUCAAGCGUCACUUUGUUUAUCCAAGACCACCUGUUCCGGUUUAUCUAUCAAAAAUGGCACCAGCGAAGAAUCAGGAGCGCUCAACAUAG